AUGAGUAAAAACAUUAGAUCUGAUUGUGGUGGUAAGUACUAUGGUAGAUAUGAUGGCUUAGGUGAACAAUGUUUAGGACCAUUUGCGAAAUUCCUAAAGGAAUGUAGUAUUGUCCCACAAUACACCAUGCCAGGAUCACCGAGUAUGAAUGGUGUAGCUAAAAGACGAAACUUGACUAUUAAGGAUAUGGUUCUCAUACCUAUCAUUGAUCAAGACGGGAAUCCAGAACCUCAACAAGACAAUGUUGAAGAACUCUCCAUUCAAGAUGAGGUAAUUAUUCCAGAAGAACAACCUCAACAACCUCAAAAACAAAUGCCAUUAAGAAGGUCCACAAGAGAAAUGAGAAAUGUUAUUCCAGAUGAUUAUGUUGUAUUUCUCCAAGAACAUGAGAAUGAUAAUGGAAUGAUAGAAGAUGAUCCAAUCAACUUUCAUCAGGUUAUGAAAAGUUCUAAUUCUCAAAAGUGGAUUGAUGCCAUGAAAGAUGAGUAUAAGUCUAUACAAUAUAAUAAAGUUUGGGAACUUGUCCCAUUACUUGAAGGUGCAAAACCAAUUGGCUGUAAAUGA